AUGGGGGACGCCCUGGAGCAGCUUUCAUUUCGAGUGGCCAUACUUCGCAAUACCAAUCUCAGCCACAACAGCACCCGCUGCACCGGAGCCCCCAUCAGCAACAUCAGCAGCACCAGCAGCACCCCCAGCAUUCCCAGCAUCAUCAGCCAACACGGUGUUGUACGUGAAUUGCAACAGCAGCCAGUUAUGAUUCCGACGCCUAUGGUGCCACCGCAGUUGCCUCCUCACUUCAGUUCCACUUCACUCCCGUUGCCAUACCCUGGAGACCGACAUGGUGUGAAAAGGCGGCGAGCGGAUGAUGGGCGAAGCGGAGGGAGUGAUGAGACGUCUUCUGGGAUCGGCCUUUCCAUGCUUCCAGAAUCAUCUCAUGCUGACGAGCAACACUCCUCCGAAAUGCUUUUACCUGCUCCAGGAGACCAUUCAUCACAUCAUCCACAUACUAUGCAACAUGAUUACCACCAAACAUCCCCAAUUCAUCAACAACAUCACCAUCACCGACUACCCUCCCAGGCUACCCUGGCGGCAGUUCAGGGAAAUGAUGGGGAGCUCACAUCGCCUGGUGGAGGCACCGGCUCGCAAAGCGUCGUUGGCCAGCCAGGCAUGCCGGACCCUGCGCCUCGCCCCAGGGGCCCGAAGUUGAAAUUCACACCGGAGGACGACAGCUUACUCGUGGAGCUGAAGGAAAAUCGGAACUUGACCUGGAAGCAAAUUGCAGAGUUCUUCCCAGGUCGGACCAGCGGGACCCUGCAAGUACGAUAUUGCACCAAACUGCGGGCAAAAGCAACAGUUUGGACCGAUGAAGCAGUGCAACGCCUGCGUAACGCCAUUCAAGAUUACGAAAACGAUCGCUGGCGUAUCGUUGCUACGAAGGUCGGCAGCGGGUUUUCUCCCGCGGCCUGUCGAGAAAAAGCUGCUGAAAUUCCCCCCUCGAAUCCCCCACCAAUUUAA